AUGGCUUUGGCACCAAGUCCCACUCCCCAAGUUGAUGCUUUGCUACGACAUUCGCAACGUCAUGAUAUGCUAUCUUUGGACUACGUGGUAGCCCUGUUCUUCGUGGCCGUGGUGGCCAUGUUCCUUUUGCAUAUAUUGGGUCCGUUACGCCGGUGGUUGAGCCACGGUCUCCUCCAUCACAUCGUGAUGGGAGUCUACACUCUCUCCUACCCAUUGGUGGGCUACACCAUUGGGCUGAUGCAGUCUACCAAGUAUUUGUACUUGAACGACUUCACCGUGUGGGCUGUGUUCCUGCUUCUGCUCCUCACCAGCACGGACAGCCUCACGGCUUGCCGCCUCGACGACAUCGACAACUGGAAGAGCAUCUACGUCAAACAGCUCUUUAAGGGAUUCAUCGUGGUGUUUAUCGUUCUAAAGUUUUGCAUUUACAUGGAGUUGGCUUCGAAUUUGAACUACCUGUGGUACCCGCUCUCAGCCAUCCUGGUCGUUAUCGUCCUCAAGUCAUAUCUGAUGAUAGCUUCCAUGAGGAUGGUGAGCAAGUCCUACCACGGCAAGAACGUGAAGGUGAUCGCCGAAUACAUGCAGCAUAUAGACAACAAGCUGGUGGCCUUCGAUCCUGUGACCAUGGAAGGCUACCGGUACAUGGUCGCCGGUGAGAAACACUGCGUUAACCAGCCUGGGCACACACCAUGGUACAAGAAGCCGGACGACUUGAAGCUUACCACCGUGGAGCAGAUCUGGCAGUGCGAGGGGAAUCUGCUCAUUGGUGAUCAGGGCAAGGUGCUCAAGGACUUGUGCCUCUCUAUGGCUCUCUCCAAGAUGCUCAACCGCAGGUUUGCUGGCUUCAAGCUCUCAGAGGCAGAGCUUGAGAAAACCCAUGACUUCGUAUUCAAAGGCCUGCUCGCCGGGGAUGAGCAGCGGGUCUUCAGGGUCAUUGAGGAGGAGCUUGUUUUUGUCCAUGACAUGUAUUACACAAGGUACUCUUACCUCUACCAAAAGGGUAGAUACCUGGCUCUCUGUCUGCCUGUCAUCAUGUCUGCCCUAUGCUUGUGGCUCACAGUGGCCAGCCUGCACGUCAAGCGUGACGAGCACACCGAUCUCAGUAUUGAUAGCUUUCAGGAUCUGAUGAAUGCCGCCUCAUACAUCAUGUUUAAACAUAUAACUUCUGGCAGUCUGAUGUCUGGCACCAUAGUGAUAACGGUUGUCUUGGCAUUCCUGGAGGCAUACCAGCUGUACCUGUACAUGGCCUCAGGUUGGUUCAAGGUGGCUCUGAUACGGAGCUACGUCACCGCACCAUUUUUGCAAACAAGCUAUUGUUCUGAGAUGAUCAUACGUCUUCUCUUGAUGUUGAAGCCGUUUCGCCCAUGGAAGGGCAGACUUGGGCAGUACUGUUUCCUCGAGAAUCUUGGGCGCAAAAGUAAGGUUAUGAGUUGUCUCCAUUAUGGUACACUGUGCAUGGUGGACAAGGCCAUGAAGGGAAGCAAGAAAUCAGUGAAGCUGUCCAAAGAUGUGAAGAAAGCCAUCAUUGAUUCCCUACUAGCAAGCAACGGACACCUGACGAACGGGGUAACAUCGCUGCAAAGAAAUGGCGUCCAUGAUGACCUCAAAUGGGCAUGUGAUGGUACUGCUACUGACGGAGCGGUGGCUCGCACCAUUGUGGUCUGGCACAUUGCUACAACCCUGUGCGAGCAGAAGCUAGAUAAACAAGCCAAAGAACAAGACGCUGUCAAAACAGCCUCCACUUUAUCCAAGUACUGCAUGCAUCUCCUUGCUUUUGCACCUAACCUCUUGCCCGACCAUAGCUCCAUAUCAGAAUCCAUACUUCGUCAGUCAAUCGACGAAGCAAGCAAGAUACUCAAAGAGGCCAAGAACAACAAGAUCGAUGGCAGGUGUGAGACAUUAAUGGAAAUUAACACCGAUGGUUGUGUUGAUGAUGAAACAAUUCUUGUUGCGCGGGGCGUUCACCUUGCAAGGCAACUGAUGAUUGAUAACAUACAAGACUUCACAACAAGGUGGAAGGUGUUAUCUGAUUUCUGGGAGGAGAUGAUGCUGUAUGUCUCGCCAUCUGACGAUGCCCGGGUGCGCGUGCACCUGGAAGUUCUUCCAAGAGGAGGGGAGUUCAUCACACACCUUUGGGCGCUGCUCACACAUGCCGGUGUGCUGAAGCGAGGCUCUACAGAGCCAAAGGAUGUUGUGUGA